GCGAAUAACCGUCUCCAGAGGCGGAAGAGAAGUUUUAAUCAUUUUCCCCAAAUUCGAUCGAUGUUGGGCAAGCGCGGCCGUCGCCCAAGUUUCCGGCGAACGACGAGCAUGUCUGGGAUCGAAAUCGACGUCGGCGCUGCAGAGUUGCCGCCGCAUCAUCAGUCGGCGGCGGGUGGGUACGAUCAUUUCCUAUCGCCUAGGUAUUUGAGGAGGACUUCCUCCGAUGUGGAGACGGCAGAUUUUUUGACGAGAUGUGGUUUCUGUGCUCGCCGAUUGGCGCCUGGUCGCGAUAUUUAUAUGUAUAGGGGUGACACUGCAUUUUGUAGCUUAGAGUGUAGAGAGCAACAGAUGAAGCAAGACGAAAGAAAAGAGAGGCUUGCCGCCGUUGCUCCGCCCAUCCUGGAGGAGGACGACGGCGGUAGCCACUGCCCAGAAGCGGAGACUGUUGCAGCGGCUUGAGAAAAUAUGUACGUAUUGGGUGUGUGUGUGUGUAUAUAUAUGUAUGUAUGUAUACGGUGUGUAUUCAUAAGGGUGCAUGGGAUACAUGUAUGUAUGUAUGUAUGUAUGUACGUAUGUCUGUGUGUGAGAGUCUGGAGUUUAGUGCUAGUGAUAAAAUUAUUAUUAUUAUUAUUAUUAUGGUAAAAUGUAGUAUAACAAAUUCUGAUGAUGGGAAUUGAUGCUGUCUUACUUUA